UCUCUGACUACGGCCCUCUUCCGCGCCCGCGCCCGCUCCGCUCCGAGCGCCCUGACCCCACGUAUAAAGCAGCGGCACCGCGCACGCUCGCAAGCAGUCACGACCCAUCCACGCUCUCUUGUGCAGUUACUAGUCUCGCGAUAACACUGACAAAUUUACUCGUGUUACUAUUUACACCCGUAGCCACAACUAUGGCCCAAAAUGACUGGGGAUACACAAGCGAAAACGGUCCAGCUACAUGGACGGAGAAGUUUCCAGAAGCCGGAGGUGCUCGUCAGAGUCCCGUGGACAUAGAUACUUCUCUCGCUACCAGCAGUGGAACCGCACCGCCUCUAGUGUGGCGGUACUCAGUCAAUCACCCCCGCUCUGUUGUCAACCCGGGCUAUUGCUGGCGAGUUGACGAAAAUGGAUACGAUUCAGAGCUCCGUGGCGGUCCGCUAGGAGCAAACGUGUACAAAAUGCAGCAAUGGCAUUGUCACUGGGGAGCGAAAAACGGCGAGGGUUCUGAACACACGGUUGACGGUCGUUCCUUCUCUGGAGAGCUUCAUUUGGUACACUGGAACACCACUAAAUACAACAGUUUCCAAGAAGCCGCUGGUCGAGAAGACGGUCUUGCAGUAUUAGGAGUAUUACUUACGGUGGGCAAAAAGCAUGAGGAAUUGGACAAAGUAGUGCGGUUGCUACCGUUUAUUCAACACAAGAAUGACAAAGUCACCAUGUCUGACCCCCUCGACCCUUGCAAGUUGCUGCCAGCCCGCACUGCUUAUUGGACGUACCCCGGUUCCCUCACCACUCCACCCUGCACUGAAUCUGUUACAUGGAUUCUAUUCAAAGAACCCGUUGAAGUAUCAGCAGAACAGUUGGCGCUGAUGCGAAAACUUAGGUGUGGCGAGGCGUCUUGUGGCGAGGAGGCCAUGGAGCUACUACACAACUACCGGCCGACACUCCCACUCGGCAACCGUGAGAUGCGUGACUACGGCGGCAACUAAAAGUCGCUGAAAACUCACUAAAGUACUACACCAGAAAAUUUAUAGAUGCGGAAGCUGAGGAGUAGGACUAGAAGUCUAGUAGCGAGGAGGCUAAAAAUCUACACUACUAUCGGCCCGUACUCCCUCGGUAAUCGCGAUACGGCACGUAAUUAAAAGUCGCCAAAAACUCACGUAAAUGUUACACCAAAAAACGUAUGGCAACUACACUACGCAGGUGAUAUAUAAUCACACCCUUCAAAGGAAAGAUGUUUCGUACCUACACAAAAUCACCCUAGGAUAUUGAUACGCUGUCAUAGAUGACAGAACUGCACGUGUAGGUUAUGACAAUGUGUGAUAUUUUAGAAAAUAUUCAAGUGCCUUAGAUUGACACAAUGCAAAUUACCGAAAGAAAUAACAAAUGAAAACUACUUUUAAUUGUAAGGCAAGCUACAUUGAUUUUAAUCCAACAUUUUAGUUCCUAGUGCUAAAGUAAAGACCUGUUCAGAUAUAGGUACACGAUAUUAGCGGAAAGCGAUAGCUGAAUCCGAGUGGGUACGUAGUACUGUUCAAACUUAAGCGGAUACCACUACCGCUAUCGGUAACGAAACUUUCUUGAUUUUCAUCCGUCUAGACAAUUAUUUCUGUGCCGUCAGUGAAUAAGACUACACUAUAACCGCGCGUAUCGUGUAAUCUCAAUAAAUUUAACAUUUCACUUUUUCGACGUCGUAAUCGUAAAUGCGACCUUCCAUUAUAUCAACAUCGUCACUAACUUGCGGGGUGUGCGCGGUACUCCCCGCUGUCCGGCAAUUUCGCAGCGAAAAGAUACCGUCGACCUGUGGGGCUAGCACGAUAGGCGCGGCUUGCGCGGGAGCGACAUAAAAGCGCCAGAGAGGGCGCGUCUACUCUAACAAAAGUCGCCGGGUCUAUGUAAGAAUUCGUGUCAUUUCUACACACGAACUGUGUAGGUACACUGCCUUGGCGCCGGACAAUAAAAUCUUGUCUACCCCC